AUGCCGGUUCAGGCUGUCUCGGGCAUCAAGAUAGCCAUCGACCGAGGUGGUACUUUCACAGAUAUCUGGGCUACUGCGCCGGGUCAAUCUGACGUGGUCUUCAAACUGCUUUCCGUUGACCCUGGGAACUAUGACGAUGCACCAACAGAAGGUAUCCGUCGCAUCCUGAAUGAGUACCUAGAGAAAGACAUCCCAAGAGGAGUGCCCCUUCCAAAGGACAGCAUCGAUAGCAUUCGUAUGGGCACGACUGUCGCUACCAAUGCCUUGUUAGAGCGGAAAGGUACUAGGCACGCUUUCUUGGUCACGAAGGGGUUCAGAGACCUCAUCGAAAUUGGCUAUCAGUCUCGGCCACGACUAUUCGAUCUCAACAUUUCGAAGCCAGAGGUCCUGUACUCGGAAGUGUGCGAAGUGGAUGAGCGGGUCACUAUUGAAGGCUUUGACGAAGAUGUUGAUGGUCAAUUUGCACCUCAAGAUGUCAUUCCUGGCGAACUCGAAAGAGGAACGAACGGCCAGCUCAUCCGAAUCCUCAGGCCUUUGGACGAGACUGCGGUCCUGCAAUCUCUAAAAAGCAUCAGAGACAAGGGCAUCGAGACUAUCGCCGUCUGCUUCACACACUCGUACGCUUAUCCGCACCAUGAAGCACGAGCAGGAGAGCUGGCUCUCAAGGCAGGCUUCACACAUGUGUCGUUGUCUUCGCAGGUUGCAGCCAAUAUGAUCAAGAUGGUACCUCGCGGAAGCUCAGCCACUGCUGAUGCGUAUCUGACGCCGGAGAUCAAGAAGUACUUGGCUGGUUUCCAGAAAGGGUUCGAGGGUGGUCACCUUGACGAUGUUCGCUGCGAGUUCAUGCAAUCCGAUGGUGGACUUGUCAGGCAUAACCGGUUCAGCGGAUUGAGGGGCAUUCUCAGUGGUCCAGCUGGUGGUGUCGUUGGAUACGCAAGAACUUCUUUUGAUCCAGUUACGAAGGUGCCGAUCAUCGGAUUUGACAUGGGCGGCACAUCCACAGACGUUUCUCGCUUUGGCGGAAACUUCGAUCAUGUUUUCGAAACGACAACCGCUGGCGUCACGAUUCAAUCGCCUCAGCUCGACAUAAACACUGUAGCAGCUGGUGGAGGUUCAAUAUUGGCUUGGCGCAAUGGCCUUUUUACCGUCGGUCCUGAGAGUGCAUCAUCUCACCCCGGGCCUGCUUCUUAUCGAAAAGGCGGCCCUCUUACAGUGACCGAUGCGAACCUCUUCCUCGGCCGUCUCGUUCCUGAAACAUUCCCUAAGAUAUUUGGGCCUAACGAAAAUGAGCCGCUCGACGAGGUCAUUGUUCGUAAGAAAUUUGAGGCUCUCACAAAAGACAUCAAUACGGAAACCGGGCGCCAUCUUACUCCGGAGGAGGUUGCAUGUGGAUUUCUUGACGUUGCUAAUGAAGCUAUGUGCCGACCGAUUCGCGCACUUACCGAAGCCAAGGGCCAUCUGCUUAGUCGCCACCACCUGAGUAGCUUCGGAGGUGCGGGAGGCCAGCAUGCUUGCGAAAUCGCUGCCAAGCUUGGGAUUCGAACCAUUAAAAUCCACAAGUACUCUAGUAUUCUCUCGGCAUACGGAAUGGCCCUUGCAGAUGUUGUGCAAGAGGCUCAACGACCACAGAGCCUGGUCUAUUCAUCAGAUGCCCAGGAAGUCUAUUCAUCCAUUUUCCAGGAGCUUCGUAGCCAAGUUCAGACCAGUAUCAAAGAUCAAGGCAUCGAACAAUCGAGCAUUGAGUUCGAGCACUAUUUGAACAUGCGCUACCAAGGCACUGAAACGUCCAUGAUGAUUCUUGCGGCGCCAGGCGGUGACUUCAGAUCAGAAUUCUUGAAGCGACAUCUACAGGAGUUCAAUUUCAACUUCCCGGAAGAUCGUUCCAUUCUCAUCGAGGACAUACGUGUUCGAGGCAUCGGGAAGGGCAACGAUUCCGCUCGGCUAUCACAAGAGGUGAAGUCCGAUGACAUUCCCAAGGCUAGCGCCAAGGCAGAUGCUACACGACCUGUUUACUUCAAAGGGCAUGGAAGCAAAGAUACCCCUGUGUACAUCUUGGACGCCUUGGCACCCGGGAUUCUCAUUCAGGGUCCCGCAAUCAUCCUUGAUUCUACCCAGACCCUGGUGAUCGUACCAGAAGCAACCGCCAAGAUUAUGUCCUCCCAGGUUAUUAUCGAGGUCAGCUCCUCACUUUCAAAACAAACGUUGUCAGACACUGUCAUAGAUCCGGCUAGUCUCAGUGUUUUCGGUCACCGUUUCAUGAGUAUCGCAGAGCAAAUGGGCCGCGCUCUGCAGAACACCUCGGUAUCACUUAAUAUCAAGGAACGCCUUGAUUUCUCUUGCGCCAUCUUUGGCCCAGAUGCUGGUCUCGUUGCUAAUGCGCCCCAUGUGCCCGUUCAUCUGGGUUCUAUGAGCUAUGCAGUGCGCUAUCAGCAUGAGCAACGAAAGGGAGAUUUGCAACCAGGCGACGUACUCGUCAGCAAUCAUCCCGAGGCUGGUGGCACUCAUUUACCAGACAUCACUGUUAUUUCGCCAAUCUUUGACCGAACAGGCAAGGACAUUCUUUUCUACGUUGCAUCAAGGGGUCACCACACUGACAUCGGUGGACUGGGUGGGACGUCCAUGCCUCCCAAUUCCACAGAGCUGUGGCAAGAAGGUGCAGCCAUCAAGUCUUUCAGACUUAUUCGAGAUGGGCAAUUCGACGAAGAGGGUAUCACCAAGAUCUUGCUUGCGCCAGGAGAGCAUCCCGGCUGCAACGGCAGUCGACGACUCACAGACAACCUGUCAGAUCUGAAAGCCCAAGUUGCUGCUAACAACAAAGGCUCGUCUUUAGUCCAGGCGCUUAUGGAGGAGUACUCUCAACAAGUCGUUCAACUGUACAUGGCUGCGAUUCAACAAAACGCUGAGGUUGCGGUGCGCGCGUUCCUGAAACAGACGCUGGAAGCGCGUGGAAACACCCUGCUUUCGGAAGAUUCCAUGGACAAUGGCUCCUUCAUGAAACUCAAGGUCACUAUCGAAGGCGACGGCAGCGCAACCUUCGAUUUCACUGGCACUAGCUGCGAACUGUACGGCAACAUGAAUGCACCGCCUGCUAUCACCCACUCCGCGCUACUGUAUUCCCUGCGGCUACUGAUUGGGCUCGAAAUUCCAAUGAAUCAAGGCUGCCUUGCCCCGACGAGGGUGAUUCUGCCCGAAGGCUGCUUCCUCAACCCAUCGGCUGGUCCGGCUGUCUGCGCUGGAAACACGAACACAUCACAACGUGUAGUAGACGUCAUUAUGAAGGCGUUCGAGGUAGCUGGGGCAUCCCAAGGCUGCAUGAACUGUCUGGGUUUCUUUGGCGAAGGAGGCAAAGAUGCUAAUGGUAAUAAGCUUGCUGGAUAUGCCUACGCAUUUGGAGAAACCAUAUGUGGUGGUUCAGGCGCUACUGCUGUGGCAGACGGAGCUAGUGGCGUCCAUACGCACAUGACCAACACCCGUAUUACUGACCCCGAGUCUCUCGAGAAGAGAUAUCCUGUCAUCCUGCGCGAGUUCAGCAUUCGUGAAGAUAGUGGUGGGAACGGUAUGCACAAGGGUGGCAAUGGAGUGAUUCGCGACAUGGAAUGCCGAGCCCCACUGAAAUUCAGUGUUAUCACAGAACGGCGUGUCACGGAGCCGUACGGCAUGAAGGGUGGAGAGAACGGUGGGAGAGGUGCAAACUAUUGGGUCAAGAAGAGGCCGGAUGGCAGCGAUCGAUGGAUCAACCUUGGGCCAAAGAACAUGGUUGCGAUGGAUACUGGUGAUCGGUGUGUCAUCUACACGCCAGGCGGUGGAGGAUUCGGGCCUGCUGGAGCGACGGAAGGUGUUAGAAUCGAUGGUGCACAGAAGAUAGCAUAUCCGCGCGCGGUCGGCAGCAUUAUGGCCUACGCUGAUGCGCAAGCGCAAGCGAACUGA